AUGGAGGACUACCGCGCGGAGACCAAUCGACGCCGAGAACCUCGUUCGGUUGAUCCAAACCGAGCCGGCGGCAUAAUCUUCCCACACAUUGAUACACCCGAGCAAGCCGCCGAAACCGUCAGCAAGUGUCGGUAUGCUUACUCAGACGGUGACCGGUCCCUGGCUCCAGCAGUGUUAGUCCCUAGAGUUACAGAUGUGGCGCCACCGGGGUCCUCCCAUGAGCGUGUAGCGGACGAGAACAUCGCAGUGAUCAUUCAGAUCGAGAGCCCCCUUGCCCUUGACAAUGCGGACACCAUAGCAGCAGUCCCUGGUGUCAACGCCCUAAUGCCAGGAGCUGGCGAUCUUCGGGUGGGCAUGCGCUGUCCUCCGCGCCAGGUGGGCGACGCUGAAGAUCCAAAGAUAUUAGACGCAAUAGAGCGGUUGGCGAAUGUGUCGAGACGGCAUCAGAAGCCUUUGGCUGGGGUCACAUUCAAGUUGUCUGGGAAAGCGAAAAGUUGGCUCAAGGACUUUCAGCUAUUGAUCAUAACAUCGGAUUACUGGAGCCUGGUGAAGGGGCACAAGGAGGAUUUAGCCUGUAUGAGGCAGACACUGGCGGAGGUGCAAGGGGUAAAAAACUGA